UACGUACUCUCUUUAUUGCAUCUCUCUGUCAAUGUCGAGACAGUUGCUUGACGAGAGUGCUGAGUACAUGGUUUUGGAAGAGGAGAGGGAAAGGCUAGAAAGAAACCAUGAAAGGUUUGCCGAGUUGCUGGAUCAACUCGAACGCCGAACAGAGGAACUGCAAUUGCUUCAACGUUUAACGGAAGCUCGUUUAAGGCUAGUAGAAGAUGAAGCCGAGCGAGUCAGGAACCUGAGAUUUUUACGUAACGACAACUAUAUUGUCGAUCCAAAUGGAAAAGCGAAUGAAUCAUUGAUAAGGAGUGACGCCUAUGGGAAGUGCACGAUUUGCCUUGAAGAUGAGCCGCUAGACCCCGUCGGAUGCAUCUAUUGCCAACAGCUUGUGGGUUGUCGAAGAUGUGCACGAAUGAAUUUCAUUGAUGUAGUGAUGGAUCCUGUCGUUAUUUAUAUAACGCACAUUGGCAGGACACAACAUCAUGUGUAUAUUAUAGCCACGGAAUUCUUUCAUUGA